CUCACUUCCUCCCCGGACCGGACAGAGAGCUCGUCGUCAGUCGGUCGCUCGUCGCUCGUCCGUCGGUCGCUCGUCGGUCGCUCGUCGCCGACUCGCAGCAUGUUCCCUCUGGAGCGGGUGCAGCGGAGCCUGGAGCGCGCGGGGCAGACGCACGUCCUGCGGUUCUGGCCGGAGCUGGAUGAGCGGGACCGGGCUCGUUUCCUCCAGGAGCUGACCCAGCUGGACCUGGGGGGCCUGGGGGGCCACUGCGAGCGGGCGGCGGCGGCUGCGGCGGCCCCCCCCGCCAGCCACGACCGAGGCGUCGAGCCGCUUCCCCCGCAGCUCGUCGGCAGCUCGAGGAGAAGCGACGCGGAGAGUCUCGGGUCCUGGGAAGAGGAAGGGCUGCUGCAGAUCUCUGAGAACCGAGUCGGGGUCCUGCUGCUGGCCGGGGGGCAGGGGACGCGUCUCGGCGUUCAGUAUCCCAAAGGGAUGUACGACGUCGGGCUGCCGAGCGGCAAAACCCUGUAUCAGAUCCAGGCGGAGCGCAUUCGAAAGAUCCAGCAGCUGGUGGACGUGAAGCGCGGAUCCAAGUGCACCGUCCCGUGGUACAUAAUGACCAGCGAGUUCACUCUGGCUCCCACGGAGAAGUUCUUCCAGGAGAACGACCACUUUGGUCUGGAGCCAUCGAACAUCGUGAUGUUUGAGCAGAGGAUGAUCCCAGCGGUGACCUUUGAUGGAAAGGUCAUCCUGCAGGGUAAAGGGAAGGUCGCCAUGGCUCCGGACGGUAACGGUGGACUGUACCAGGCGCUGGUGGACAACAAGGUGCUGGAGGACAUGAGGAGGAGGGGGGUGGAGUACCUGCACGUGUACUGCGUGGACAACAUCCUGGUCAAGAUGGCCGACCCCGUGUUCAUUGGGUUCUGCGUGAGCAAAGGGGCCGACUGCGGAGCCAAGGUGGUGGAGAAGGCGUUCCCUGCCGAGCCCGUAGGCGUGGUCUGCAGGGUGCAGGGUGUCUCCCAGGUGGUGGAAUACAGCGAGAUCCAGCCGGAGACGGCCGAGCUGCGAGGACCCGCAGGCGAGCUGGUCUACAGCGCCGGGAACAUCUGCAACCACUUCUUCACCAGGGCGUUUCUGCAGGACGUGGCAGAGAAAUUUGAAGGUCAACUCAAGCAACAUGUUGCCCUCAAGAAAGUUCCUUUUGUGGACGCACAAGGAAAUCAGGUGAAACCCGACAAACCCAACGGCAUUAAGCUGGAGAAAUUUGUAUUCGACGUCUUCCCCUUUUCAAGGAACUUUGUUGCGUUCGAGGUCGCGAGAGAGGAGGAGUUUUCCCCUCUGAAGAAUGCCGACGGCGCGGCGACAGACAACCCGACCACGGCCAGGAACUCUCUGCUGACUCAGCACCGCCGCUGGGCCGAGGCCGCCGGAGCCGAGCUGCUGGACCAACACGGGAACGUCCUUCCUCCUGCGGACGACAGUGUAUCAGCAGCAGACAGUCGUCCAGCUCAGUGUGAGAUUUCACCUCUGGUCUCUUACUUCGGAGAGGGCCUGGAGCCGCUGCUGAGAGGCCGGACGCUGCUGACGCCGCUGAUCCUGGACGAGAAACUGGCCAAAGAUCUGCAGACGCAGUGACGCUGCUCUGAUGUGUGAUUGACAGCAGACAUCUCAGAAGAUGAAGAAGAAGACGAUCAGCAAUGAAGGCGCUUGGGAAGUUUCAACCCAAGAAGAAUGAGAAACAGUUUGAACUUAAUGUGAAAAUCAAAUCAAAUGGUCGUUUCAUUUCAUUUCAUCUAUUGUAAUAGUCACUUUUAUAAGAGCAACAAAUCGCAAUGUGAUCAUUUGUCAAACUAUUAAGGGAAAUUAAACAUUGUUUUAUAUAUCUAAUAAAAAGUUGUUUGAGGAA